UUCGAAAAGCUAGUGGCUACGUAGUCAAGGGGUUCUGAUUGGCUAAAUCUAGCUACAAAAGUAGUUGAAAUUUCCCCUCCGACGUAGUGUAAAAAUUUCGGCUAAAAAGUUAGUUGGCACUGAUUUUGACGUUUCACAAUCAGCUGUUGAAAAAAUUUAAAAAAGAUACAAACAUUUCAAAAUGAAACUUAUUGUGCAGUAUUUAGAAAUAAAUUACGAAAUAGAGGCAGAUGAAGAAAUUUGCAAUAAAAUCUUAACAGAUCCAGUGUAUGCCGCAGCAUUCAUGGAACAAAAUUUGAGUGCCCAAAAUGCAGAACAUACGGAGGAAGAUUCAGUGUCUACUCCAACAAAUCUUGAUUAUGCACAAGAAAACACAGGCAAUAUAGAGAAAGAAUCUUCUUGGGAGCACCGCACCGUUCUUCUGUUUUUAGAAGAAUGUAGCAGGCAUAAACAUGAGCUAAGAAACCCAAAAAUCAGGCGCAGGACGGUGUUCCUUAAAAUUAAGGAGGCGAUGGAGGGUAAAGGCUACAAUUUUAAAGAGAGCUCGCUGGAAAAGAAGCUGGGCAAUUUAAAGAUAAGGUAUAACCGCAUCCUGGAUAACAACAAAAAAACUUCCACAGGUCGAGGGCGCAUGUCCUGGCCCUACUUCGAACAAAUGUGCCUAAUAUAUGAAGACGAAGUUAAUGUCAGGGAUGCGCCUACAGUGAGCUCUCUGAACCCUUCAUCGCUGUGUGCUCCCUCGGAUUGCACUCCCUCGGAUUGCACUCCCUCUACCUCCAAACAAGCAACCCUUCGCUCAAAAUUAGUUGCACUGGAGGAGGAAAAGGUGGAAAUCGCGCGAGGGGUGCUAAAUGAAUUGAAGGAAAUGCGAGUUCUAAAACAGAAAAGGUUGGAAUUCGAGAUGCUUAAAUACAAGGAAGAAAAAGAAAAUAGAACAAGUAAGUUAAUAUAAUUUCUUAAAAUAUAUUCUCCUAAUAUCAUUUUAUUUUUUAGAUAACUGAGAACUUUGCAGAGAUUGGAUGGAGAGUUAUCGUGUGUAUUUUUUGUUAAUGAAUUUUAUAAUUUUUGUUUUUAACUGUGAUGAAAUACUUUUUUUUUAAAUGAAUUGUUUUUUUUUUGUUUAGUAUUAAGUGUGUUAUUUUUAUUUUUAAGAAAGCUUAUAGUUAGGUUAAGAUUAGUUUAUAAGUUUAGUAAUAAGAUUUUUAGUCAUGAAGACAAACUGAAGUUCCUUUUUUUGUAAACAAAACAAAGUACAAAUAAAAAAAUUAAUUGAAAAAAGUA